GCAUCGCUUGCAAUGCCAGCGAGUACGACGGGAGCAGCUUCAGACUAGAGGAGAGCUUGAAGAUACAGACAGCCAUAUGGUCGCUCAGUGCGGCGGGAGCAUUUCGACAUCCUACGGCGCAUCAUCAGCUUUCUACACUGUCCACAGUACAUCCAUUUCAUCAGUGGCUUUUGACAAGCUCCGGCUUGUCUCCGAAUAUCUCUUGGCGGUCCGAAAUAAGCGAUGAAGGCGUCGCCAGUGUCUUGGCUUAUACCAGCCCUGCUGGGCAGCCAAGCCGCUGCAUCGACCCUUGACCAGGUCAGGAUUGCUGUGCUCGGUGACAAGCUUUCAGGGGGUGAGAGCGCCGUGCUUUCGGGCAAGGCCAUCACCUACCCACAACGCAUCCGACCGGACGAAGAGCCGCAACGGCGAGAUGGCGUGCCUCGAGAGUCCGCCGGCACCAGCAACCCCAUCACCAUCGACCUGAACACGCCAAGUCUCAUCCUCUUCCAAAACCAAACCAAAAACGCCCUUUACAUCCCACCACCACCAUCAGACAUUCUCAAAGGCCCAUCAUCAUCACCCAUAAUAGUCCACGAAACCGCCUCCGCCCCGCCAAACCAGUCGCAGCAGCAACAGCAGGACCCACCAACCCAGCAAACAGCAGCCCAUUCCCCCCUUGACCACGAUCCAGGGCCAGCUGCAGCUGCAGCUGCAGCUGCCGAGGCGGAGGCGGAGGCGGAGGCCGCUAGCGCCACCAUUUCUCGUGCCAAUGUUGCUGGUGCCGGCAGUAACAGCAGCAACAGCCCCGCGCCAGCGAACCGGGCCAUCGCGGGCAUGGGGGCCGGGUUGCUGGGCGUGAUGGUGAUAUUUACCGUGUUUCUAUGACGUGACAUCUUUUUUUGGGGGCAUCUUUUUACCCCCUUCUUUCUUCGUUCAUUGACUUUUCAGGUUUUGGGUGCUGAGUCAGGUCCUGGUUACGACCGGUUUUUUUUGACAGUUGGGGGUUGGGAUGUGCUGGCG